AUGAAACAUUCGAGCAGUGCCCGAAAUCAGUACUUGGCAACGUUCUGCGUGAAUCUUUUGUCAAUAACCUAUGGCUUCGCGUGCGGCUGGACAUCGCCGUCCUUUCCCUUGUUACAAUCUGCCGACAGUCCGUUGGCGAGUGGUCCAAUAACCGCUGAGGAAGGUUCCUGGAUUGGGGCCUCUCUAUGCGUUGGUGGUUUGUUCGGUAAUCUUAUAUCGGGCUGGGUAUCCGACCGGUAUGGGCGAAAAAUCACUGCCUGUCUGGCGUCGAUUCCACAAAUCUUGUCCUGGAUUCUGGUUAUUGUGGCCGAUAACGCUUACUACCUGAUGGCAAUGCGUUUCCUGGGAGGAUUCUCCGGAGGGGUUUGCUUCAUGGUUAUUCCAACGUUCAUUUCGGAGAUUUCGGAGGACAGAAUUCGAGGGAUGCUCAGUUCUACUCUGGUCUUUUCAUGUAAUUUUGGUAUCCUUUUAAUCUACAUUUUGGGAAGCUAUCUACCAUAUGAAACAAUUCCGUGGAUCAUGCUGCCAUUUCCAAUCGUGUUUCUAGCGAGCUUUUCAUUUAUCCCGGAUACACCGUUUUUCCUAAUGAGAAAGAAUGACUUUGUGAAAUCGGAAAACGCGCUCCGUUUUUUCCGCGGCUAUUGCACCGAUACGCAGCAGGUGUCCAACGAGUUUAAGCAAGAGCUUGUCAAGCUGAAGGACACAUUCAGCGAGGAGAAACAAUCCGUCCCGCAGGACGAAAUAACUUGGGACGAUCUGGUGACCCGUCAUGCCCGUAAAGGAUUUCUCAUCGGAAUUUGCCUGAUGGCAUUCAAUCAAUUCUGCGGUUGCUUCGCCAUGCUAAACUAUACGGCCAGCGUGUUUGCGGAAUCCGGAUCGUCAUUGUCGGCCAAUAUGUCCGCUAUUGCGAUCGGAACCAUUCAGAUGGUUGGAAGCUACUUCUCGACGGUACUGGUGGAACGAGCUGGACGAAAGCUCCUGCUGAUAGUAUCCGGUGCCGGUAUCGCAAUCGGCAUGGGCAUCUUUGCCGCCUUCUCGUACGUCAAGAGUGCCGGCCAUGAUGUGACCGCUUACAAUUGGUUGCCCUUGGUUUGCUUCUCGACCGUUAUCUUCGUCGCCUCGCUCGGUGUCCUGACGUUGCCGUUCGUCGUCCUGGCCGAAAUCAUGCCGCAAAAGAUCAAAGGGCUCUCGGUCACGGUCUGCAUGACGAUGCUGUGGAUUUUUGCUUUUAUAGCAAUUAAGUACUUUUCCACUUUAUUUGAGGUCCUUGGAAUGCAUGGAACGCUGUUCCUGUUUUGUUGCUGCUCUCUUGCCGGGACGUUGUUCGUGGCAUUUUUUGUACCAGAGACAAAAGGGAAAAGUUUAGAGUCGAUUGCCAAAUCGUUGAGCUAG